AUGAAGAACAGUCAGAUCCACACUGAGAUGAUGGAAGAAGAUGAAGAACAGUCAGAUCCACAUCGAGUCCUGAGUAACGUGGAGGGGAAGUACCUGAUGGACAGUGUCCCGUUCAGCUGCUGUAACCCCGGGUCCCCCCGGCCCUGCAUCCAGCAUCACUUGACCAAUAACUCGGCCCACUAUGACUACGACCACCGCAUUGAGGAGCUCAACAUCUGGACCCGGGGCUGCCGAGAGGCCCUCUUCUACUACUUCAGCAGCAUAAUGAACAGCAUUGGAGUGCUCAUCAUUGGCACCAUCAUCCUGGAGUCGGUGGACAUGGCCGGGUUGAAGUACCUAACCACGGCUCUGGAGACGAUGGAGGACCCGGAGAACCCUGAGUGUGAGAGCGACGGCUGGCUGCUGGAGAAAGGAGUGAAGGAGACGAUGGGAGAGCUGUUCGCCAAGAUGAAGAUGCUCGGAAAGACCAACCAAGUGGUGGAGGGCGAGGACGCACCUGAGGGUUAGGGUGAACCACCUGAGAGCCCUGCCCCCCCAAGAAGGACUGAGGCCCCUCCCCCCACCACACACCUUUACCUGCCUCUCCUCCAUCUGUACAUACACCAUCAUACAUGUGUUAAACACACACACACACACACACUUAAAAUUUAUAUCUUCCUUUGUGUACAUAUGUUGAUCAGAGUUUAUUUUUAAACGGGAGGAACAGAAACCUGCUGCUGUAAAUAAAACUUCUGGGUUGGGAUUUAAAAUUCUAUUACAAACAUAUAUUA